ACAAAGAUCAAAAAUAGAUCGCAGACAGGAUGUCAGGGAUCUGGCAAACAACAUUAAUUGCCGAGGACAUAUCAGUCUGAAGGCUAGACUUAUAAGCGAUCUUAUUACCGGAGACAAGUCGAUCAGUUGUGAAUCGUACGUGAUAUUGCGAGGAUGGACCGAUGGACAGGAAAGGUAGCCGUUGUUACAGGUGCCAGUGCAGGUAUUGGAGCUGCAAUUGCGAAACAAUUGGUUCAAAACGGUAUGGUAGUGGCGGGUCUCGCGCGAAGAGUGGACAAAAUCAAAGAACUGGCUCAGAGUUUAGAAGAAUGCACGGGCAAACUAUAUGCCGUCGAAUGCGAUGUUUCCAAAGAGGAAAGUGUGAGCGCAGCGUUUACGUGGGUCCAGGAAAAUCUUGGAUCUGUGAACGUGUUGGUCAACAAUGCUGGAAUGACCAAAGAAUCUUCUCUCAUAGAUGGCAAUCUGGAAGACUGGCGUGCAGUUUUCGAUGUGAACGUUUUUGGCCUAUGCCUCUGCACCAAGGAAGCAGUUCGCAUGAUGCGAGAAGCAGGAGGAGAAGGUGUGAUCAUCAAUGUGAACAGUCUUGCAGGUGAACGGGUGCCUUUCAUACCUGGAUUUUCUGUCUAUCCAGCCUCAAAGAGAGCUAUCACUGCUCUGGCACAGACAUUGCGACAUGAACUCACUGGAACCCAAAUAAGAGUCACGGGUAUUAGUCCAGGAUUAGUUGCCACAGAGCUGAUGAUGUCUUAUAGUACAUAUUCUGAAGAGGCACUUGCAUCUUUCCCUACACUGGAUCCAGAAGAUGUUGCUGCAGCUGUAAUCUACAUUCUAACAAGUGCUCCUCACGUUGUUGUUCAAGAUAUUAUUCUGCGACCAUUGGGUGAAUCUUGGUAGCAAAGUUACAAAACAGUUUAUGACUAAUUGCACUUCUAUCAAAAUUAUU